CCCCCCCUGCCAUCCGGCAUGGAGUCGCUCACCGAGACGCUGUGGGAUGUGACCAUCUCCGGAACUGGGCUGGCUCAGUCGCUUCUGGCGCUAGCUCUGUCGAGGUCCGGUAAGAAGGUCCUGCACGUCGACAAGAACAAAUACUAUGGAGGCUCUGAGGCGGCUUUUAGUCUGCAGGAGGCCCAGGAAUGGGUUGAUCUAGUAAAUGCAGAAUCCAGCCAGAUGCCCUUUGAAGAUGCCCAGGUCUACAUCCCGUCAGACUCUACUGAGACUGGUGUAGGAAGUUUGUCACCUUCUAGGGCCUAUACACUCGCCCUCUCUCCCCAGCUGAUCUAUUCCCGUUCCCAGCUUUUGCCCACCCUAGUGUCCUCCAAAGUCUAUCGACAGUUGGAGUUCCAGGCUGUUGGAAGCUGGUGGGUCCAUGCACAUGCAGGCGGUAGUCGUGACACCGACGCCGAUGCAUUGCGGGGUCUGUAUCGCGUGCCAAGCAGCCGUGAGGAUGUCUUUGCAGACGAGAUGAUCACCACCAAAUCAAAGAGGACCUUGAUGCGGUUCCUUCGUCACAUUGGCAAGGCUCAGCAGGAAGAUCAAGGGCCAUCUGAUGCGGAGGAGGAAGACCUGUCCAUGUCUUUUCCUGAAUAUUUGACCUCCAGAUUCCAGGUACCCGAGGAGCUUCAUGAGCCCCUGCUCUCACUGUCGUUGUCUCAGGAUGCCCCCCAACAAACACCGGCCAGUUUUGCCAUUCCUCGGGUGAAGAGGCAUCUGGCGUCGAUCGGUGUCUUUGGAGCGGGAUUUGGGAGCCUGCUGGCGAAGUGGGGCGGGGGUUCAGAGAUCUCGCAAGUAGGCUGUCGCGCCUUGGCUGUCGGCGGAGGCGUAUACGUCUUGAACACUGGCGUUCAGGCCAUAUCUAAGGUUGCCGACUUGGCACACUUGGCGGUAGAACUGUCGAAUGGAGAGACCGUUACUAGCCGCCACGUCGUUGGCUCUCACUGGGAUCUUCCCUCCCCGUCUACGCCAGACUGUCAGAAGGUGGCGCGGUCGAUCACGAUUGUGGCUUCUCCGCUGGACCAUCUGUUCCCUGUUACUGCUGAGGGGAGCCCGAUACCCUCGGGAGCAGUCGUUGUCUUCCCCGGCAGCGCUCUCGGUCAGGAAGGCGAUCCACCCGUCUAUCUCCUGGCGCAUUCGAGCGAGACCGGGGAAUGCCCACUUGGACAAAGUGUGAUCUACGGCAGCGUAGCGAUUCCCGGUCCACGAGGACAUACCCUUCUGGAGUCUGCGGUGGAGAAGCUGGUGCAUCCCGCGCGUAUCCUGUGGUCCCUGCGAUAUACGCAGCUGGGCCGAGCGAGUGCAGUCGACGAUGCAGCACAAGCCGUGCAGAGCAGUGGUUUUGCCGAGAAUGUCUUUUGCUUCCCCCCUCCCAGCCUCGACCUGGCGUUUGACGAUGGGCUGAUCGACCUGGUGCGAGCGGUGUGGCGGGGUGUGAUGGGGGACGAGGCGCGGGACGAGGAGUUUCUGAACUUUGACGACCGCGAGGAACAGUUAGUAGAUGCGUAGUCAAGAACAUGAAUAUAUUUGAUUUAUAUCCAGCUGAUGAAUAAAUUGUAUAUCGUAGCAACCAUGUAACUAUGUAAAACGGAAUAUGACCGAUGUCUAAGACAAGCCGCCAAGAAUAGAUUGACCUGCCCUCGCCUCCUGUUGAUCUAUCCACAUCACAUGCAGUCUGCUAUUCCGUCUAGCGAAUAAACCUACUACAUAGUUAGUACAUAGUACAUACUAGAUGAUAGGAGUCGGCCCGAAGGAAUGUCAGCUCGGUUAAUACGGACUCUUGAGCACGCGAGAACGAGGGGGGAUGAUGACUGACUACUUGCUUGCGUCUGCAUCUAGGCAGCAGGUAUAGAUAAGCGAGUGAAUAGAACUAGCCUCAAAUAAAUGUUGAUCUAGUAUAACCGAG